GCGCUGGACGGCAGUGGCGCAGCAGGGCAGGGCGAUGCUCUGGCGAAGAGGAGGACGAGGACGGCCCAGGCCGCGGCUGCUUCUGCUUCUGCUGGCGCUGCUGCUUGUAGCUUGUUGGCUUCCCGGCGCCGGGGCACAAGAGGCGCAGGCCGCCUGCGGCCCCGACGGCUGCUAUGCCGUCUACUUCCAGCGCCGCAGCUUCCUGGACGCCUGGCGCGGGUGCCGGGAGCUGGGGGGCAACCUGGCCACGCUGAAGUACCCCGAGGAGGCGGCCCAGGUGGCCGAGCUGCUCCGCGAUGUUCGAGGGGGUGGCGGCGGCCACGCGCAAGGCCCGCAGCGGCUCCUCUGGAUCGGGCUGCAGCGCCAGCCGCGCCAGUGCUUCCCGCAACGGCCGCUGCGGGGCUUCACUUGGACGACGGGCGACCAAGACACGUCCUACACCAACUGGGCGCGCUCGCCUAGCAGCGGCGUCGGGGGACCCAGCUGUGCUGCGCCCCGCUGCGUGGUGCUGGGCGAGCGGGACCUGCAGUGGCUCGACGGCUCCUGCACCGUCCCAGUCGACGGUUACCUCUGCCGCUUCUCCUUCCAGGGGAUGUGCGCCGGCCUGGCGGAAGAGGAGGAGGAGGAGAUGGAGGAGGAGGGUGGAGGAGCCUCGACGGUCGCCUACAGCACCCCGUUCGGCCCGGCCAGCGGCGCCCUCCGCUACGUCCCCUUCGGCACGGUGGCUGCCGUGACCUGCGGCCGGGCGGGGCCGGCGGUGUCGGUGCUGUGCAUGCAGAAGGAGGACGGCAGCGUGGCCUGGUCCAAGGACGCGCCGCUGUGCCGGGAGGCCGUCUAUCAGCACAGCUGGUGCGAGGGGGACAACGGUGGGUGCCAGCAGCUCUGCCUGGACGAGGGCUCGGGCUAUUCCUGUGAGUGCCACGCCGGGUACUUCCUCCUCCCCGACGGACACUCCUGCGCCUCCCACACCCACCACGACGGCGGCGCUGACGGAGACGCCUGCCGGGGCCGCCCGUGCCAGUUCGGCUGCGUGCCCGACGGGGAGGCGGCAGACGGUUACCGGUGCCAAUGCCCCACUGGCUACGAGCUGGGCAGCGACGGCCACCUGUGCGAGGACCUGGACGAGUGCGCGGAGGCGCCUUGCGAGCACCAGUGCGAGAACACAGACGGCUCCUUCGUGUGCCGCUGCCACCUGGGCUUCAGCCCGUCGGAGGAGGAGCCCGGCCGCUGCGCCGACACCGACGAGUGCCAGAUCCCCGGCGUGUGCCAGCAGAUGUGCGUCAACUACGUCGGGGGCUUCGAGUGCUACUGCACCGAGGGCUACGACUUGGAGCCCGACGGCAUCACCUGCAGCCCCGUGGCCCACCCACCCCCGAUGGCCACCGCCCAGAGCCACCGCGGAGCCGGUUUCCUACACCACUUCGACGGUGGGCUGGGCUGGGAGAUGGAGGGCGAGCUCGAGGACGGCGUCGAGGAAGAGGAGGACAGCGAUCACAGCCUGGCCCUUUCCGACCACCUCUCCGUUUUCCAGGACGCCAGAGUCGCCUCUCCAUUCUUCCCCCCAGACCCCCGCCUGGUUCCCCGCAUGCUGCCGGCCACGGAACCCUCAAACCCGAAGUCGACCGCGCCCCUUUUAGACUCCAGCCCCUCCUCCCGACGUUCUAGCAUGCCCCCCAACUCCACCCCCACCGCUGCUUGGGGCCUCCCCACUGCCUCCCGCUCCCCCUCCCCGUUCCCUGUAACGGACGCCCCCCGAGACACCCCGAGUCCCCCUGAGCUGCUGGCGGAUCCCACAUCCCCGACGGUCCCGCUCGCUCCGACGAUCCCUCCGCCUUCCCUCCACCACCCUCCCGUCUCGGCUGAUUCUCCUGGUGAGGAGGAGGGUCCCGCGGUGGUCGGGGGAGUCCGAGCAGCGCCCCCCACUUCUGCUCCCCCCGCCACUCCAACCCCCGACGGGGCGCCCGGGCGGCAGCGGAGGGAUGACCGAUGGCUGCUGGUGGCGCUGCUGGUGCCCAUCUGCGUCUUCGUGGUCAUCAUGCUGGCACUGGGCAUCGUCUACUGCACCCGCUGUGGUGCCCAGGCCAAGAGCCGCAGCGUCACCCAGUGCUACCGGUGGGUGAUCAGCUCGGCGGGCAAAGGGGCUCCCCCGACGGCCUCCAGGCCCGGCCAGCCGGCCACUUGCAGAACCAGCGUCUGAGCCCUGGGCUGGCCAGCUGCGCUGUGCCCCCCACUCCCGGCUGGCACAGAACAGACUCAGCUGCUCAUAGCUGGCAGGAAAGCUGGAACCUCAGAAAACCAACACCACAUGUGGUCAGUUAUAUCUGACCACAACCAGGAAACGACAGAGGCCUCUUACUUGGCUUGGAGCAACGUACCGUAGGAACCCAAUCACUGGUCCAUCUAGUUCAGUAUUGUCUACACGGACUGGCAGCAGCUCUCCUGGGUUUUAGAUGGGGGAUAAUUCCGGGCCUGCCUGGAGAUGCCGCUACGGACUGAGCCUGGAACUUCCUGAAAUGUGGGGCAGAUGCUCUGCCCCCUGAACUACUGGGAGCCCAGGCACCCAGGCCAGGCCAGCUGGAAGGCUGCCGUGGCAAAGAGACUCUUGACACUGGACCAGAGCUGUCCCUCCCUGGCUGGGACACAAGAGACGCCAAACAAGUACAGUAUGAACCAGGAACUUUAAGAACACGGGUCCCUCCAGAUCAGGCCUGGACGGGCAGCGCCUCUCCAGGGUUUCACGCAGGAUUCCCCCCCUCCCCCUCCUCCAGGGGCAGUUGGGCAAUCUUAGACUGAAGUUGGUGGUCUUAUGGGGAUGGGGGAGAAGCCUUCGGCAGAUGGAGAAGUGUGCGACUUCAAAACAUAACCAGCCCUGUUGCAUUUGCGCUCUCUGCCAGGGAGGCUCGCCCUUCCCCAACACCGUGGGGGCGGGCUGGGCUGCAGAGUCCUCUCUCAUCUGGCACACACAGAGAGCAGCACACCCUGCUAGUUGGGGACGCACUGUCACCUCAGGGCAGGGGUGCCGACUUGAGUAACAUAUUGGGGGCCCCAGGUAAGCCUUGCCCCACAAUCACAAGACGAGGCACGCACGCACCAUUUGAAUGGCAACACCCAUCAACUUUAGGGGAGCCCAGCCUACUCAAAUAUUUUAUUGGGGUGGGGAGAAGGGACCUCGGGUCCCUAGAAAUGGGCUCUUUAACCUCAGGAUGUCAGGGACCCCUUUAAUGCCCCUGGGGUGCACACAAGCUAGGAAAAGGGGUAUCUAGCUGGGGGAGGCUGGGCCCACACCAAUGUCUCUUUCUCCCCCCUCCCCCUUGUCCAUCUGGUCAGAAGGGCCGGAGGGAGGAGGGGCACUCUUGGGAUGAAGCCCCCUGGGUCACAAGAACCCCUCUCAUUGCAGGCAAAAAACUUCAUGCCCUUCUUGAGUUGGGCACUGGGGGCUUGUGGGGAGUGGGAUGGGGAAAAGGCCCACGCUGGGGUGGGACCCCGAUUCAUGAUUUGCACCAGGCCCUGCCGCCCCCCUCCCGCCCCCUUUGGAAAAGAAGUGCAUUCCAGACCCACGCAGCGGAGGGGGGAGGCAGAUUCAGAAAGCGCACUCCAAUGAGGAAGACAGGUUUUUCUCUUUGGCCUAGGUGACAGCAGGGGGCGUGUGCGUCUUGUUGCAAAGAGGCGAGGGGUGGGGAGAAGGGUGGGGAGAA